AGCGUGUGGAAGUUUCCCUGAAAGUUGAGGAGCACCAGAGAGCAGCAGACACAGGAUCACAAACUAACGCGCAUGGACGUCGCGAGACUGGGUCUGACUUUAGUCAGGAGUUUUAUCCUCAGCUUGCUGGAAAAGGAUUCGUCAACAGAUUUAUUGGUUGAACUUUGAUCCUGAGGAGGCAUCCUGGGUUAAAGAGCAGCGGAGCCUGAUCACCUGCUGCAGCCCUUCCCAUAACCAAACUGGCUGCCUCUUUGCACAUCAGCCUCACUGUGGCCAUCAAAGAAACUCGUGCCUUUCAUGGAACUGUGCCCGCUACCCUGGAAGUGACAGCCAUGGAGUCACAUCAGGUGCUGCUCACCCCUCUGCCACCCCCUCCUCCUCCUCCUCUUCCUCCUCCUCCUCCUCCUGCAGAGUCCUCACCAUUUCGCCGGACAGAUAGUAUUCGCCAGAGCCAGCUGAGGAAGUUAAACUGGGAGAGGAUCCCCAAAGAGAAGGUAGAGGGGAGAAAGAGUGUGUGGAGUGGGGCUGCUCCAGGCGAGGAUGAGUUCCCCAUAGACCUUCAUUCUCUGGAUGAGCUGUUUGGUCAGAAGGACUGCAAGCUGAGAGACAGAACCAGAAUCAUGAGGCGGCGGUCUGAUCUAACGCACUGCAGAUCUGUACAGGAUAGCCCGGAACAGAUCUCCCUCUUGGAUUCCAAACGCAGUAUGAAUAUUGGAAUAUUCCUGCGUCACUUCAAAACGCCUGCUAAGGAGAUGGUUAAGGACAUUAGACGUGGUGCUGGAGAUCGUUACGGAGCAGAAAAGCUCUCUGAGCUCUGCAAAUUGCUGCCUGACACUGAGGAGGAAUCCCGCCUGAGGAGGUUCAGUGGAGAGCGGAGCUGCCUGGGAGAGCCUGAUCAUUUUAUGCUGCUGUUGGUGGAAGUCCCCAGUUUUCGGCUACGUUUGGAUGCCAUGAUCCUGCAACAGGAGUUUGACCCUGCUGUGACCUCUCUGUGUGUGGCAGCCAGAUGUCUGAGGGAGGCAGCCAGAGAACUACUCAGCUGUCCAGAAUUACACUCCAUCCUGCGUUUGGUGCUGCGAGCUGGGAACUAUAUGAAUGCUGGUGGAUAUGCAGGGAAUGCAGCUGGCUUUCGAAUUUCAUCGCUACUCAAACUGGCUGACACUAAAGCCAACAAGCCAGGGAUGAAUCUGCUCCAUUUUGUUGCUAUGGAAGCAGUGAAGAAAUACCAGAGUUUACUGUCAUUUCCCAGCCAACUAGGCCACGUUGGCUCCGCCUCCAGGUUGUGUGAGGAGGCUGUGCUGGAUGACUUGGCAAAGUUAAAAAGCAGAGUGGCUGCCCUGAAGGCCAAUAUACAAACCGAGGCAGAGAUUCUGCAGCAUGCACAGUCUUUUCUGAAGAUGGCUGAGGAGCGUCUGAUGGAGGCAGAUGAUGAGGUGGAGGGUAUGAGGAUGUCGAGUCGUGCUCUGAUGGACUUCCUCUGUGAAGAUGACAUCUCUUUCAAAUUGGAGGAGGCUUGUAAAACCUUCCAUUUGUUUUGUCAUCGGUUCCAAAGAGCUGUCCAGGAAAAUGAAGAACGGGAGCUUAAGGAGCAGAAACGUCUAGAGCGUCAACGUGAGAUGGUGGAAAAGCGUCGCUCUCUGGCUGUCUGUACGGGACUGGACUUGAGUCUAAGUCUUGCCAGAGAACCACAAUGUCAAGAGGACAAAGAUGAGCUGGAAAGACUUCUAGAAAAGAAUCUGAGCUACACAUGGAGUCGUCGUAGUCUUAGAAGCUUUGAUUCCCACAGAUUCACUCACCACCUCAGAAAUGACAUGCAUCCUAACACCUCAUCUAUGCCCAAGAACUUCCCUGUGCUGGGCAGUAGCCCCACGUCAGCCGGCUGUUACUCAAACAGCUCGUCUGACCACGAGGCCAGCACUGUGCUCCGCAGCUCACCAGAGGCCGACGGCACAUGCUCCCCCAGUGACCGAAAAGAAUCCGCUCAAGGCAGAGAGAGCAGGGCAACAAACAAGGGCAUGGAAACGGUUAAAGACUCACAGGUUGCAUCACUUACGUCCUCUCCUCAUGAAAAUCGCUUGCCUGGAAAACAACAUGGGCCUGAGAGCAUUUCUUACUUGCUACAAGGCCAACAGAAGACAACAGAACUUCAAAAACACAUGCAGAACAGUUCCAGGACAAAAUCCGCUGCUAUAAAUACUGACACACCAGCCUACGAUGUUCAGAACCAUGUCUCCCCUUGCAGGCUUUUGUUAGGCCUGCCAGUGACGGACACAAAAUGUUCUCCUCGGGAUAAAACUGAAAGCUUGCAAUUCGGCGAGUCCAAUGAUGCCAGCAGAACUCUUUCUGACAGCAACACCAAGGCUGAGCUGCUGAAGCACCCAAAAUCUGAGACCAAAUUAGAAUCAUCUACUGAAGAAGUACCGUCCCAUCCUGGAACUAGAGACAUUCCAUCUGUUGAAAUAAGCGAGGCAAUUCAUGAUGUAGGUAUAGCAAAACAGACAGAAGUGGUUUUGACACCUGUGGAGGAGGGCUGGAUGCCCUCUGGUCUUCCAGGUUUCAGCCAGUCACAGCCAGAAGAAGCCUCUGACAUGUCAACUGCUGAGAGGGAGAUGGCAAGGUCAUAUUCACGAGUAGGGGAAACACUGGAGUGCCACACUCUGGUGAAAGGCCUCCGAUCCUACGAGGCCUUGUCACCCCCGACCUCCCCACUCCCACGACCCACAUCGAGCCUUUGCUCUAAAUGGAGGAAGGAGAGGGAGGUUGACCUUGAGGAGGGGACAACUGCAGGGUCUCCGGCAUCAAAGGAAGACACAAGAGGCAUGAAGACUCCUGUGCGCAGUGGGAUAGGGUCCAAAAGGGGGUUUGUGUCACGGACAGCCCCUUCAAGCAACACAGGCAUUCCCAGAGUGCGCUCAAAAACUGAGCCUUUAAAUGGAGCCCCAAUUCCUCCAAACCCACCCACAAGGCUGUCCAUAACUCGCAGCGUUUCAGGGCGCUCUGCUGUAUCUCGCCCAAAAGCUCAGGCAGAGGUUAAACGAAGCAGCAGCACACGGGAGAGAAGCAUUGUUGAGCUGUCAGUUCUAGAAAAGCCCUCUUUGACCCCCAGGUCAAAAGCCAGAACUGUUCUGGAUAAGGUCUCUGGAAGUACCCAGAUAAACUUUAUUCGAGGAGCUCCUGUCCGUGUGUCCAAACGACUCGCUUCGAACACUGAGACACACCUCCCAUCCCAGCCUCAGACUGCUCAAAGCCAAUCCUCAGCAACGGCUAAGACCAUACGCACAGCUGUUAUUUCAGCUGCUCACAUUAAAACUGCCAAGACGUCAAGUUCAGGCGCUUCCCCUACCAAUUCUAAAAGUCCAGCAACUUCACGGAUACCUGGUCCAAAGAUUGCUCGAGCUACAUCAUCUCAGCCAAUGUGGAGGUGAUGGAAGGGCCACCUUAACCCGAUACUGUCAUAUUUUUGUGGUGUGGAUUUAUGGUUCCUCCUAAAUCUUUAUUUACUGUUCAACCUCACUGAAAUUGUCUGUAUAUUUGCAUGCAGGGUUCUGUGUGUUAAAGGAGGCUGCACUGAAAGUUGUGAUGCUAUUUUAUGUUUUGCAUUGAAUAUAAUAGCAGGAUAGUGGAUUCUCUGCAUUCUACCUCUUUCCAAACUCAUUCAUGUCCUUUGCAGGCAACAGGGCAGCCAUGGACGAUGCCUUCUCCUCCUUUAUAGAACAGCCGUAACCCUUAUUAGAGUUCCACCAAGUGAACAUAACUCUGUGUCUAGGAAGUGCUGUCAUUUGGAGGUGAAAACCUGUCCUAGAUGUUUAGCCAAGGGAAGAAGUCUAAUUCUUUUCUUUUAGAGGGUUGUCCAAAUGUUGACUGUGGCUUCCUCACCUGAAUGACCAUUGUUUUAAACUGCACUCGGUACAAUACUGUUGUUUUGUUCCCAUUGACAGGCCUCGUUGUAAUGAUGCACUUUACAAACUGAAGAAGAGGCUGUAAGAAGAUGCUUGCUGUCAGUUUUAUUUUAUAUAAAGUAUCUAUAACUUUAUUGUAUAGCUUUUUCACUAUGUCUCAUGAAUUUGUAAAAAGGUGACAAAUAAAGACCAUAAAAGUG